AUGAGUCAAAGAAGGAAGAAAAAUUCCUCAGAUGGAGAAACCAAACCCCGGACUUCGUUUGUCAACAAAUUCUUCAGGAGCUCAAAACUCAGGCCCACCAAAGCUGAAAGCAGAAAAAAGAGCAAUGACCUUGAAGCUGCUGAUUUCCAACCCAGCGAUGACACACAGAGAACAGAAAACAUCUUAGAUACUGCUAAGCCUCUCACUUCAGAAAUGGAGUUGGGAUCCAGGAUGGAGAAAAACGAGCAGUUCCUGCAGAAGCUGGGCAGAAAGGCUGUCAACAAGUGUCUGGAUCUGAAUAACUGCGGAUUAACGACCGCGGACGUGAGGGAAGUGGUUGCUUUGCUGCCUCUUCUCCCAGACUUGGAAAAACUGGAUAUUUCCUGGAAUGAUCUUAUAGGUGGAAGCCUCCAUUCAGUCACCCAGCAAAUGCAUCUCGUCAGCAAGUUAAAAAUCCUGAGGCUGGGAAGUUGCAGACUUACCACUGAUGAUGUUCGAGCACUGGGAGAAGCACUGGAGGCAAUACCUGAGCUGGAAGAGCUGAACUUGUCCUGGAACAGUAAAGUGGGAGGAAACUUGCCUCUGAUCCUCCAGAAGUUCCAAGAAGGGAGCAAGAUACAAACACUUGAGCUCGUAGAUUGCAACCUCACAUCAGAAGAUGGGGCGUUUGUGGGUCAGUUGCUACCCAUGAUGCAAAAUCUUGAAGUACUUGAUCUUUCCAUUAACAGAAACAUCGGUGGCAGUCUAAACAGUAUUGCUCAGGGAUUAAAAAGUACCUCAAAUCUGAAAGUACUGAAGUUACAUUCAUGUGGACUAUUGCAAAAGAGUGUCAGAAUAUUGGAUGCUGCUUUUAGGUACUUGUGUGAACUGAGGAAAUUAGACCUUUCCUGCAACAAGGAGCUGGGUGGAGGUUUUGAAGACUCGUCAGCUCAGUUGGCCAUGUUGGAGCAUCUAGAAGUCCUGGAUCUUCACCAGUGCUCGCUGACGGUAGAUGACGUGAUGUCGCUGACCCAGGUAAUCCCUUUACUCUCGAGUCUUCAAGAGUUGGAUUUAUCUGCCAACAAAAAGAUGGGCGGCUCUUCUGAAAACCUACUCAGCCGGCUCCGAUUUUUACCAGCCCUGAAGUCCUUACUCAUCAACAACUGUGCUUUGCAAAGUGAGACGUUUACCGCCCUCGCUGAAGCCUCUGCUCACCUCCCUGCUCUGGAAGUAUUCGACCUUUCUUGGAACAAAUGUAUUGGUGGCAACCUGAAGCUGCUUCUGGAAACACUGAAGUUCUCAGAGUCCCUUCAAGUGCUGAGACUGAGCAGCUGUUCCCUGGUGACAGAGGACGUGGCUGUCCUGGCAUCACUAAUACAGACGGGUCAUCUUGCCAAGCUGCAGAAGCUUAUCCUGAGCUAUAACGACAGUAUCUGUGACACAGGAUGGGCCAUCUUCUGCCAAAACAUGUGGUUCCUCAAAGAGUUAACCGAGCUGGAUAUCAGCCUUAGGCCAUCAACUUCCCGGGACUGCGGACAAUGGUUUAGACAUUUGUUAUGUGCUGUCACCACACUUCCCAAGAUCACGGAGAUAGGGAUGAAAAGGUGGAUCCUCCCUGCUACACAGGAGGAAGAACUCGAACGUUUUCACCAAGAUCACAGAUGCAGCAUUCACUUUGACCUUGGUGAAUUUCAGGAAGCUGAUUUCCCACGGCUUAACUAA